AGUGUCGAGUUACAGGACCGCAGCAUCUUUUCAAAAUAAAAAUAUAUGUAAAUAAUUUUUUUUCCAACCACACGUUUAUCAGCUGGGCUCUGCAAAUUCUUCAAGUGUGUAAAGUAUCUCUAAAAUACAAUCCAAUAUCGUGUUAUCGACUGGGCGUCCGGUCGUCUAGGAGAUGCCUUCAGGUGUCAAUGGUAAACAGACAGGUGGGGGAGGAAUUAUGGACAGUUUUCUGUCUUAUUGGUUUGGAGGGGGACUAUGGACGAGGACUAAAACGAAGGCAGAAUAUGAAGCCGAGCGCAUGAACAGAAUGAAGAAGGGUACUCUCAACCUGGUUCUAGUGUCUGUGGUGGGGAAGGUGUGGCUAAGUGUGGUGCAUGGGUGGGGGGACAGGUGGGGUCUGAUGGUGGCCACGCCCACUAUCAUCCUCGCCAUGUGCACCCUACUACAGCUGCAACACCUCAAGAGCAACAAAGUUGUCCUUAAGAACAAAGAAUCCAUCAAUGACAGGUUGAGUCCAGCACUGGUGAUGCUGGUGUUCCAAGUGAUGUCGGACCUAAUGUUGUUGGGAAGGACUGAACUCGCAUCUCUCUCCUUCUUCGAAGGUACCGUAACCAGUAGAGGAGGCGUGGUCACCUACGACAGCUGGGUGUGUUCGGGCAUAUUGGUGGUGGCAGUCGCUUGUCACUUUGUCAUCCAUAGAGUAUUAGAGGGCAUCAUCCAGACUUCUUCGUCACUAGGUGGUCCGGUGUGUGGGAACUGCAGGAAGAACCCCCCUCUGAGUGAGAAAGUAAGGGAGCAUGUGGUAGUGAUGGCGGGUCUGAUGGGAUACCUAUACAUACAGUACUGCUAUUGCACGAGCGAGGGAGACACUCCAGGAUAG